UAAAAAAAAAAUUCUGUUUAUUUUGUUCAUUAAAAUGCUAUUUUCAUACUAUGCCAUAAACGAUAAACUUUAUGAUUAAAAUUUUAGUCAUAAAAUGGUAAACCUAUCCUCAAAAAUGAGUGGGGUCCCAGCUUUCUUAGCAAAAUUAUGGGCUUUAGUAGAGGAUCUUCAAACUAAUGAUUUAAUUGCAUGGAGUGAAACUGGAAUGAGUUUUAAUGUGUUUAACCCAACCAAUUUUGCCAAACAAGUCUUACCAAAAUAUUUUAAACACAAUAAUAUGACAAGUUUUGUGAGACAACUUAAUAUGUAUGGUUUUAGAAAGAUUGCAAGUAUAGAACAGGGAAGUUUGAAAACAGAAAAUGAAAACAUUGAAUUUUUUCAUCCCUAUUUUAUUCGUAGUAAUCCUCAUUUACUGGAACAUAUUAAAAGAAAGCCUACAUUUAAACCUGAAAGUGGGAAUUCAACUUCAGCAGUAUAUGACAUGAUACAAGAUGUUAGCAAUAUUAAAGAAAGACAAAUGGAUUUGGAAUCAAAAAUGGAUGAUAUCAAAAGAGAAAAUACUACAUUAUGGGAUGAAGUCUUAUAUUUACGACAAAAAUAUAACAAACAACAGAUUAUUGUUAAAAAAUUAAUCCAAUUUUUGCUAGCAAUGAUAAAGCCUAUAUCGAAUCUAAAAAUGAAAAAAAAAAUGCCAUUAAUGUUGAAUAAUAACACUGAUUAUACAAGGAAUAAAUAUAAAGCGGUUGUCGAAGAACCAAAAUAUUACAUAAACAUGAAUGAUUCAAAUUCUUUAGAAUCAACUGAUGCAAAAGAUAUCACUAAUAAUAGUAUAACUACAGAUAUGGGCCUACCUUCAGAUGGAUUGUUCAAAGAUAUAUAUUUAAACUCAGAAGGAUCAAAUCACUUUAUACAUUCCCCUUCAAAUUCUUCUAUGAUUAAUGAAAAUAUAAUUGAUGAUAACAAUUUUUUAAAAUCCUCAAAACUAAUAGAUUUAAAUGACCCAGUUUUAAACCAAUCUCCACUUAUGGAGGUAGAAGUUGAUAGUUAUUUAAUGGACAUGAAUUUAAACCAUGCUCAGAAAAAUGUAUUAACUUCUUUUGGGCAAAAUAUCCAAGAUUUAGAGGAUUUGGAUUUGAUCAAGGAUAUUAUAAAUGUUGAUGAAAAUAACAAAAAUAAUCAUGAAUUAAAUGCUUUUCACGAUAUUAAAAAGAAUCAAACCCCUAAUAAAAUAAAAUAUAACAUCGAGGAUAAUAAAAUAACAUCAAUAUCUCAAGAAAAGCAGACUAUGAAAUAUUUACCUAUAGCAUUAAGAGACCACAUAAUUGUUGAUUAUAUAGAUGAUUUGAACUCAAAUGAGAAUAAAAAUGAAGAUAAAACAAAGAGUAAUAACAUUAAACACAAACCCUCAACAUCCAAUAUUUUGAAUGCUGUGAGCACAACUAAGCUUGAUUCUUAUUUAGAUGAUAUUUAUGAACAAAUUUAUAACAUAAUUGAUGAUCAAAAUUGCUUCAAUAACAACAAUUAUCUUGACAAUGGAUACAAUAAUGGAACAAUUCAAAAUUCCUCCCAAGAUUUAGUACCAUCUAGAGAUCUCAAUUACAAUUCAUUCAAUGAUUUCAAUAAUAUCGCUGAUAUGAAAGAUAUACUAACUCAGGCAAACAUAUCAAUCGAUACAAAAUUGCUUUUAGAUUUAAUGAGAAAUAUUGACAACAAUGACUUUUUGAACCCACCAAAUGAGCUGUUGAGUAUUGAAAAUGGAGACAUUAGCUACGAAAACGAAAUUAGCGAUAAUGAAGAAAAUACGUCAACGUCAUUAUCAAUAAAUACUCAAGCCUCCACUUCAUCUAUGCUGUUACCUUAUCAACAUAAAUCUCCUUCACAAACUAAUUCUACAAAUCAAACCAACCAAAAAACUAAAAAAAUUCGCCCAAAUAACACAAUAGCAUAUGAUCAAAAUCAUAUGAACAAUAAAAUUGCACUGAACUUACAAGAAAUCAAUACUCAGGAUAAAUAUGGCAAUGGAGAUCCACAUGAAAUGGUCAUUUCAAAUAUAUUUGAAGAUGAGAAUACAAUACCUUUCUUGAGUGGUGAGACAUUUUCUCCCAUAACAAACGAAUUAUUCUCGUUUCCGUCCACAGAAACCAAUAACAAAUUGCUGGCCCCUCACAUGAGCCCGCUCAAUUUUCUGUUAACCAAUGAUAAGCCAUAAUACAUAGAUACAUUUUUGGAGUUACUCAAUGAAUAGUGAGCGGUAUGAUUACGAAGUCACUUACAUACACAAACGAGGAAUAUUAACAGUCAAAAAAUUUUUUUGUGCUAUUUAAUAUUUUAGUCAAUAGCUAAUUUUCAUAAAUAAAAAAAAUAGUAAAAUUAUAUCAUUAAUCAUACAUUUAUUAUUUCUUUCAACAAUUAUAAGUUUAGAUAGUUUACAUUUACAAUAAAAAUGUUCUCAUUUUCAAUUUUAAACUAAGCAAAACAAUGGAUAAGUCGUGAUUUCCUUUAAAAAAUAAAAUCGAUUUUUAUUGAUUUAAAUCACAUUUCUAAUUGAAUUUUUUUAAAUAUUAUAAAGCUGUUAAAAUAUUGAAAAUCCAAUUCAUUAUUAUU